AUGAAAAAGACAAAGGAAAAUAAGGUAUUCUGGUGUGGUUUCCCCACUUUCGCGGACUGUAAUAAAAUAAACCCACGUACAGAUGAAGCGGGACCAACGCAGGGGCCCCCGACCCCUUUUCCCCCGCGGAAACCUGCUUCCAGAGAAACUUGGCCCCAGAUAAACCGCCCGCCCCCGGAAGCCCCCGCGCCCCCGAGGACCGCCAGCAACCGAACCCCCCCGACCCGGACCCCCCCUCUGAGACCCCCCUGGCCCAAAAACCAAAAGCGCCCGAGAACCCCGGCGCCCGAGCCAAAGAGCCCAGGAACCCAGGCGCCCGAGGGUGCCGGCCCACCCGCCCUCGGCCCCGGCGGCCCCCAGCGCCCACCGAGGGCCGAGAGGCCUCCGCCCCCAGGGGGAGCUGCUGCCAAGAGCCAAGCCCCAAAACACAAAAAGGGGACUACUCGUGCUCAACGUACUCCAAGAACCACUAAACCUUCCAUUGCCCUUCUUUGCUUGGUGGGGCCUUUGCUCUAA